AUGGGACAGAAAGGCAGUAAAAUAGAGGUCACGAAGACUGACAAGGCCAUAUUACAAAUAAAGCUGUCCAAGGAUGAGCUCCACCGAUACACCAGGCGAACAGAGAUUCUGAUAGGACGCGAGCGCGAGAAACUCAAAGCACUGCUGCGAGAAGAUCCUAAGAAUGGCAAGAAAAACCCCAGGGCACGUAUCCUACUGAAGAAAAUCCACUACCAGAACCAUUUGCUUGAACAGGCGGCGGACCAGCUGAUAAACUUGGAAAACCUAGUCUCUACCGUUGAGUUUAAGCUUGUGGAGCAGCAGUUCAUGAUGGGCCUCAAGCAGGGAAACGAGGUGCUGACCAAGCUAAAUAAGGAGUUCAGCGGCGCAGAAGACCUCAUGGACUCAGUGGCAGACCAGAUUGCAUACCAGGACGAGGUGGACCAGAUCCUGUCUUCAAGCGUGGUUGGGGGGUUCGAGGAGGAGCUCGACAGAGAACUGCAGCAGCUAGACCAGGAGGUGAACGGGCCGGCGCACGAGCCGGCAAAGGCGGAGCCAAAUCUGCCCUCUACCGAAGGGCUACCUGCGCUCUCGGAGCCUGAGGCCGAAGAGCCGCAACAGGAGCCUCAGAGCGACGGGAGGCAACGUGAAGCGGUUCUCACGUAA